UUCCCUGUGAAAAAUAAACCCAAGCCGAAGCCGACGUCCGAUCACAUACCUGUGAAAAUGGCGUUAGAUUCCGAAGAGCUCAGCCAACUUACCUUGACAAAAACGAAGAAUACCCGUCGGAAGAGGCUGAAAGUCCGGCGACUAAAGUACACGUAUCGAACGAAGAUCCACGUCGAGCGACAGAAAGGGAAACAACUACUAGACGAGAAUAAGGAAGAUUAUCACCACACGGUGGAGAAGAAGAUAUCGUUAUCUCUGACAUCGUCCUACGAAAACGACGAGAUUUUGUCUUUCUGGAGAGAAAGUCCGGAGAGUUUUACUACCUACGGCUCGGUGUCCUUGAUAGGGAGGAGGAGAGAGAUGGAAGAUGCGGUGAGAGUGGAGUUAGGGUUCAUGAAAAAGAGUAAGAUUGCGGUAAAGUACGACUUUUUCGGCGUUUACGAUGGGCACGGAGGGCCCCAAGUGGCGACGGCGUGUGAGGAGAGGUUGCAUGGGGUUCUGGUUGAGGAGAGCGAUGAUCAUGUUCAAGGUCAUGAGGAUGAAGGGAUGGAUUAUUGGCAGAGGGUGAUGGAAGCGUGUUUUGCUAAAAUGGACGAGGAGGUGAGGGAUAACGGGUUGGGAAGGACGGUGGGGUCAACGGCUGUUGUGGCGGUGGUGGGGGAGGAGGUAGUGGUGGUGGCAAACUGUGGGGAUUGCAGGGCGGUGAUGUGUAGUGGUGGUGUGGCCUUGGCCUUGUCUACGGAUCACAAGCCUGGUAGACCAGAUGAGUUAAACAGAAUUGAAUCUGCUGGUGGAAGGGUCGUAAAUUGGAAUGGGCAACGCGUUCUAGGUGUUCUUGCCACUUCAAGAUCAAUAGGUGAUCAUUACCUUAGACCGUAUGUAAUUUCCAAACCAGAAGUGACCAUUACCAAGCGAAUGGAUAAAGAUGAAUUUCUCAUACUAGCCAGUGAUGGCUUGUGGGAUGUUAUCCCUAAUGAACUUGCAUGCCGGAUUGUGAAGAGAUGUCUUGAUGGAAAAAUGAGGAGCUACAUGCAGGAGGUUGAGAAUGAAAGCCGCCCGGCUGAGGCAGCGGCAUUAUUGGCUGAGUUAGCACUGGCUCGGGGAAGCAAAGAUAACAUUAGUGUUAUUGUAGUUGAACUGAGGAAAUCUAGAGGUUUUGUCGGUUCAUAGUCUUACCUUUCAAUCUACAUUUAGUCCCUGAUCAUCACGGCAUUUAAUUCUGCUGCCGGAUGGGAGCUAUAUAUAAAAAUUUGUGAAACACCUGUGUCAUGGACUCAUGCUCAAUACUACAAUAAAUUCUUUUGUGUUGGUUUGCUAACCACAACAUGCGCCAUCCUUGUAAUCAUCUCCUUGGGUAUUACAAGGACUUGGACUGAUCAGAAAAUAAGGACUUGGAAACGGAGCUCACCAUUUUGUUUGAUCUCUCUUCCA